GGAAGGAGUCCCGCACACUUCGGUUAUUUACGGUAACAGGAAAUAUACUUUCCAUAGAAAUAGGGGCUGUAAAACAUGGGCUUUUCCCUGUGAUUUAAUCGGCUGGCGUUUAAAGAAAUUGAGUUUCAUCCUUGGCUUUAAUCCUGAAUUUGACGUGCGGCGUUUUUGGAGAUAUACAGCUGGCCUUGCUCCAGCGAUGUCUUCUUUGUGGCCAUUGGUGGUCUCUAAUAGUACUCCUACUUUAAGCUGCUUCAACUCCAACCAGAGCACUGUUCUCACAGGACUGGAUUUCGGAGGCGUUCCAGUCGUCCUCCUGCUUGACUUCUGCGUUUUCAUUUGUUUGCUGUUCCUCUUCACUGUCAUCAGAAAGACAUUCUGGAACUACGGUCGUUUAGCCCUGGUUGCAGACAAUGAAGGAUUUAGUGAAACACAACAUCGCCGUUAUGGACGUAUGCCAUCCACCGCAUCCAAUGCUGAAAACCCUGAAUAUGAGUCGGGAGUUUGCUCUUGGCUGCCCUACAUCCUGACAAUGGAUGAUGAAAAAAUAAAAGAGAAAUGUGGCAUGGAUGCUGUUCACUACCUGUCCUUCCAGCGACAUUUGAUAAUCCUGCUGGCGGUCCUCACUAUUACCUCCCUGGCAAUCAUUCUGCCCGUAAACAUGACCGGGAAACUUUUCCGAAACGAUGCUCAUAGUUUUGGAAGGACGACUAUUGCGAAUCUCUCUACCCAAAACAAUUUCUUAUGGCUCCACACUGUGUUUGCGAUUGUCUACCUGUUCCUGACGGUUUUGUUGCUGCGGUUACACACAUCCAAAAUGAAAGGCAUGCGCAGAGAAAAAGCUAGAAACACCCUGUUUGUGUGUGCAAUUCCUAAAAGAACAACCGAGGAACAAGUAAAAACCCACUUUACGGAGGCGUAUCCUUCUUGCAAAGUGUGUGCAGUGACAUUGGGCUACGAUGUGGCCAAACUUAUGUACCUUGAUAAGGAAAGGGUUCGGGCUGGCAAAAACCUGCGAUAUUAUGAGCGUGUCCUGGAGAAAACAGGGGAGCGUGAACUGAUCAGCCCUCGUGUAUGUGGCCACCUAUGCUGCUGCUCCAGUUGUGAAAAGGUCGAUGCCAUAUCAUAUUACAAGUAUAAAGAAAAGCUGUUGCUGGAAGAAAUGAGACAGCAAGCAGAGGAAGUCCCACGGGAUCCGCUGGGUAUGGCUUUUGUCACAUUAGAGAACGAGGCUAUGGCAAAGUACAUUCUAAAAGACUUCAAUGCGAUCAAGAGUGGAGGGCGAAACUGCUGCUGUGGGAAGAGGCCUCAGCCUUCGUCUGUCAGCAGAGAUCUAAAUGUAAACGAAUGGAUGGUCAGCUUUGCUCCACAUCCCAAAAGUAUUUACUGGGAGAACCUUUCAGUGGGCGGCUUCUGCUGGUUGAUCCGCUGUGUGGGAAUAAACCUCCUUCUGUUUAUCCUUCUCACCUUCCUGACGACUCCCACCAUCAUCAUUAACGUCAUCGACAAGUUCAACGUGACACAGCCAAUCCACUCCCUUAAUAGCCCCAUCAUUAGCCAGUUCUUCCCAACUCUUCUGCUUUGGUCUUUCUCUGCAUUGCUGCCUACAAUAGUGUACUACUCUACUCUAGGAGAGGCCCACUGGACCAGGUCCAGCGAGCAGCUGAGCAUGAUGCGCAAAUUGUAUUUCUUUCUGCUCUUCAUGGUCCUUAUUCUUCCCUCGCUAGGACUCACCAGUCUUGCCUGGUUUUUCCGCUGGCUGUUUGAUAAAAAGUUCAUAGUUGAUGGGAAAACAAGAUUUGAGUGUGUGUUUCUACCGGAUCAAGGGGCGUUCUUCGUAAACUACGUGAUCGCGGCCGCCCUGGUGGGCUCUGGGAUGGAGCUGUUGCGGUUGCCAGGGUUACUGCUCUAUGCAAUACGUUUGAUGCUUGCACGCUCUGCUGCAGAAAGGAAAUAUGUCCAGCAGCACCAAGCAUAUGAGUUUGAAUAUGGAGCCAUGUACGGCUGGACUCUGUGUGUUUUCAGUGUCAUCUUGGCUUACAGCAUCAUUUGCCCCAUCAUUAUGCCAUUUGGGCUUCUUUACAUAUUGCUCAAACACCUGGUGGACAGACACAACCUGUUCUUUGCAUACCUACCUACUCGCCUUGACCGCCAAGUCCACCAAGGAGCUGUUGAUCUGGCUUUAACAGCACCAAUCCUCUCCCUGAUAUGGCUCUACUUCCUCACCGUCCUUAGAGCAGGUUUCAUGACCGGUGUAUCUCUAUUCACCUUAGUGGUUUUGUGUUUCACUGUCUUCAUCUGUGUGGGCUUCACCUGCUUCGGCCAGUUUAAGCACCUUAGUCCGCAUAACUAUGCAGUCAAAGAGGAGGACGAGACUACAGUAGAGGGAGUGGAAGAAAGUGCUAAGGUUUACCUUCCCAGAGUGCUUGAUAGCCAAUCACCUGCCAGCACCAUGAAGGAGGCUAAAAACCAACAGUCUUAUGGCUCCUUAGAAGACAGCCCACCUGAGAAGUUCAGCGGGGUGGAUAGCACAGAUGCAUAAUGCCAUGAACUCUACAAUGUCACACCUUUGAGCAAAGAUGCCCUCAAAUCAUUCUGCAACUCUCCUAGAUCUAUUCACAGACUGUUCCAGCAUGUCCUGUUCAGACUUCCAAUGCACAAAGAACAAUCUAAUCUUACAAUCUCCAGUGAUAAAGUGCAUCUAAAGGGUGUAAGGUUUAAAAUGCUUGUUUAUAGGAAGGAAAUUUUAUUUUUUUAGGAAUUUUAUUAGGUAUUAAACUUAUCAUUGUGGACCCAAGAUGCCUAGCUAGAGCACAGCAUUGAGACCUUUUU